AUGGAACUCGAGAAUCCUCCCACGUCGAUCAGCCUCCCGAAAUUCUGCAACUGCGGCUGCAACUGCAGCUCCUCCACGAUAAAGAGGUCCUUUUCAGAGACUCAUCUGAGGACCGUGAAGCGUAAAUACAAUGAAUUCGAGGAAGAAAGCCGGUUCACCAUUCCAGGGUUCAUCUUCCCGCAGAAUGCCCGUGUGGAGAUUUGGAAUGAGUGCACGGCACUUCGUGAGAUGGUCAGCAGCCAGCAGAAGACCAUUCAGGACCUCAUUUCCGAGCUGGAGGAGGAGAGGAAUGCCUCCUCGUCGGCGGCCAACGAGGCCAUGUCCAUGAUUCUCCGGCUGCAGAGGGAAAAGGCAGAGAUCCAGUUGGAGGCCAGGCAGUUCAAGAUGUUUGCGGAAGAGAGGAUAGCGCAUGACCAGCACGAGGCUCUGGCUCUUGAGGAUUUGUUAUAUAAGAGGGAUCAGGCUAUAAUGUCUCUCACGUGUGCCGUGCAGGCAUACAGGCACAGGAUGAUGAGCUAUGGGCUCACAGAAGCCGAAGCUGAUGAGGACGGGUUGCCGGUUCCAAACAAUUCUAGUGUGGCUGAAGUCUUGGAUCGGCAGUUUGAGUUUCCUCCUUAUGAUUAUCCUCCUCUUAGGUGCAUGUCAAACGAGUCUCGGGCUUAUCCUGAUGGUGAGAAUGGGAGUCCCUAUUUUGAGAAGUAUGUGCACGGGGAGACUCCUUGUUCUCGGAAUCAGUUGAAGGAUUUGGAGUAUAGAAUUAAUCAGCUGGAGAGAAGUCCAAAGGUGGUUCAGCUGGAUGGAGAAUUCAGUUGUCCGAAAAAUGUGCUCGAGAAGGUGAUAGUUGGUCACUCUCCAAGAACACCGAAGCAUCUCAGGAAGCUUUCUGCCGAUAGCCUGCAAUCACCUUUUGCAGUGGUUAGAGAAAUCGAGCCAGAUUUCUUCAGAGAUUCUCCAAAAUCUGCAAAGAGUUUCAGAAAGGGCGAAUUUUCCUAUAUUCAGGAGAGUUCUAAUUUGGGAAAAGCAGAAACUGGAUCAGAUGCUGGAGAUGAUAUGAGUGACAGAAUUUAUACAAUUGAUUCAGUUUUUCAGAGAGCUCCAUUUAAUCGUCUCGUGGAUUCCAAGACUUCUUUUUGCGCCGGAAUUGAUGAAUGUGCGGUAUCUCCUAAGGAAACACUGAAUUCCGCUAGAGAUAUAGAGAUCCAGAAGCUGUAUGCGAGGCUUCAUGCUCUUGAGGCGGAUCGAGAAUCAAUGAGGCAAGCAAUUAUAUCGAUUGGGACUGAUAAAGCACAAGUGCUGUUGUUGAAGGAGAUGGCUCUAAACUUGUGUAAAGAAAGGCCUCUGGGAAGGAAAAUGCCAGUCAGGAAGGAAUCAGUAAUAGGGAGUUUCUUUUUCAUGUCAUUUUUCAAGUGGAUUCUACCUAUAUUUUUCUGGAGAAGGAAGUCACGCAAAUGCAGGUACAUGUUUGGCUUGUCAGACAAGAAUACAGGGCUGCUAUUGCUUUUGGAACGUGAUCCUCGUGUGGGAAUAUGGAGAUGUGUUCUAAGCACAGCCAUGUAA